AUGCGAUGCCUGACUAUGAUCGUAAAGGGUGUUGGUGUUAUUUUGGCGGUGUCUGGAGGUUUGGCUGUUGGAAAAGAAGGACCUAUGAUACAUAUUGGCUCGGUGAUUGCUGCAGGAUUAUCACAAGGGCGAUUGCGGUUUUUAAAAUAUUCCUUGGGUUGCUUGAAGAUUUUUAGAAAUGACCAAGAAAAACGUGAUUUUGUCAGUGCUGGUGCGGCUGCUGGAGUUGCAGCUGCUUUUGGAGCACCUGUAGGGGGUCUAUUAUUUGCCCUUGAAGAAGGCGCUAGUUUCGUUUAUCAAAGAUUAACAUGGACCAUACUCUUCGCAUCAAUGGUUUCGAUGUUUACUUUGGCUCUGUUCAAAUCACUGACUCGUACCCAUGUGUUCAAAUUUACUCCUGGUGGUCUUGUAAGCUUCGGUACCAUAGAAUCAUUAAACGAUUACAAUGCCUAUGAAAUUCUUAUGUUUUUACUAAUGGGUCUAAUUGGUGGAUUAUCUGGAGCAUUGUUUGUGAAAGCGAAUUCAGUCCUAACAAGAUAUAGACAAAAGAACAUUACAACAAAAUAUAACAAGAUUAUAGAAGCCAUUCUGGUCAGUUCGUUAACUACCACUUUAUGUUUUUCAAUAAUGUGGGCUGUUCGUGAUUGUAGUCCAUUAGCAUAUACUAGCAGUUCUUUCCCUCUCAAAAUGAUGUGUGCGGACAACGAGUUUAAUUCAAUUUCCUCACUGUUAUUUUCAACACCUGAACGUUCUCUCCGAACUCUGCUUCACGAUCCUCCAAUGACAUACAGUAUUUCAGUGUUAACCAUAUUUGUACUCGUAUACUAUUUCUUGGCCUGCAUUACAUAUGGUUUGUCUGUUCCUGCUGGUCUAUUCAUACCAUCUUUGUUGAUUGGUGCUGGCUGGGGUCGAAUCAUAGGACAUUUAAUGCAUACUAUUGAUCCAGUUCAUUUCUCCGAUCCCGGUAAAUUCGCACUGAUUGGAGCUGCUGCACAAUUAGGUGGUAUUGUUCGAACGACAUUAAGUUUAACAGUUAUUCUAAUGGAGGCAACAGGAAACGUAAUUGUUGGAUUACCUUUGUUAAUGACUUUGACUGUUGCUAAAUAUAUGGGUGAUUGUUUAAGCGAAGGGAUUUAUGAUGAACAUAUUGGAUUGAAUAGUAUGGCUUUACUUCCGUGGACACCGCAUUCACUAUCUAUAACUAAGAGAGCUUAUGACCUGAUGUCUAAUCCAGUCGUGUUUUUAUAUCCUAUUAUGCGUGUUAGUGAAUUAGUUGAACGGGUUACAAAUAAUUUACAUCAUGGAUUUCCAGUUGUAGUGGGUUCCACAGAUUCGUCAAGAUUUUCAUAUGGUACUUUAGUUGGGAUGAUUUCUUCGGAGCAUUUAGCAUUACUGUUGCAAAAACGGGCAUUUUUAUCUAAAGAUGGUAAUAUCGUAUAUUCAUUGACCUAUAAAGAUUAUGAUGAUGCUUAUCCAUCCUAUCCAAAGUUAGGUGAUGUUUUAGCUAAUUUGUCAUGUGAUGAUAUGGACGCCUACUUAGACUUGAGGCCAUACAUGUGUGAAGCGCCAUACAGUGUCCCAGAGACUAUGACAAUGACUCGUGUUUACCAUCUUUUCCGUUUAUUGGGUCUCCGGCAUCUACCGGUUGUUGAUAGUCAAAAUCAAGUUCGUGGAAUCAUUACUCGGAAAGAUUUAAGACGUUUCAAAUUCGAAUUUGUUAGUGGUGAAUAUCGUGUAGAAGAGUUGAUUUUUUCACGUAAAAUGUGA